GAAACGCUGCCGUUUUUUCCCCUUCUUAAAAUACCCAACAUCUUAAAACCCCAAAUUAAAACCUAUUCGUUCUGAAAACCUAAUUCCCAAAUCUUCUCUAAUUUCUUCUAACUUCCUUAUUCUUCCAACUAAAAACCCUAAUUUAUCUUGUUCGAGUUUUUCCUCACAUUGUUUGAUGACGAUCCAUGAGUUAGCAAGCAGUGCAAGCAGUGGGAUUUACUCUGAAGCUACUAGUUCGGAGUUCAAUUCCAUUCCUCAUAAGCGUUGCCUCCAUGACCUAGUUGCUUCCGUCUAUACGGCAUACACGAAAGGGAACCCUGGAAGGAGAUUUUACCGGUGCAAGCUUAGAGAGUAUGACGACUGCAAAUUCUUUGAAUGGAUCGACCCAGAGGUAACUGGUCGUGAAAAAAAGGUUAUAAACAAGAUAUUUGAAAAGAGGGAUGAACUAGAAGAGGCAUUGAAGUUAAAAACAGAGACAGAGGCCAAAUUGAGAUGUGAAGUGCAUAGCAGUGGACUUAGGUUGACAGCUUGUCGAGGCCUUAUAGGUGUGCUGAACCGAAGAGUGGAAGAUGUUGAUCGUAAGAACCUUGAGUUGCAACAAACUGUUCAUGAAAUGGCUGAGAUGAACUCUAGAGUUGGAAAGCAAGCAAAUAAGCUUGGAGGGAUCAAGUCUAAACUACUGACUGAGAAGAAGACUCUGCAGAAAAGAAAUGAAGUGUUGGUGAUGAUUAUUUGGUUCAUGUCUAUACUGAUUGUGAUUGUUUGUGCAGUGGCCAUCAAUCUUUGUCAGUAAUGUGCAUGGUUGGGCAGUUUGUUUAUGCCAUUUUAUGUUAGUUUAUGGUAGUAUGUAGUAUGCAGUAUGUAGUUUAUGUUAUGCAGUUUAUGUUAGUCUAUGUUAUGUAAGAACAAAGUGCCAAUAUGAAUGAAG